UUGGCACAAACAUGAAAAUCUUCCUCAUUGCUGUGGCCUUUGUGGGCCUGGUUGCCGCCGAUGUCAGUCACCUCAAGCUAGGCCAGUCCGCCGACGGUGGCUACGGCUUCUCGACCUCCUCCUCCUCAUCAUCAUCGUCGUACUCCUCGGGUUCCGUGGUUCCCGGAGGCGACUCGAGUUCUUAUCAGCCCGCUGAGUACACUCCUGCCCAUCUCAAGGCUUCGGUGGCCUAUGGAGCUUCUGCGGCUUCUGGAUCUGCUGAGGCUGCUGAGGUAGUUCCUGGUGGAGAUUCCAGCUCUUACCAGCCCGCUGAAUACACUCCCGGCCAUCUCAAGUCCACCUCUGUGGCUUAUGGAGCUUCUGGAUCCUCUCAAGCCUCCGAAGUUGUUCCUGGCGGCGAUUCUUCAUCCUACCAGCCUGCUGAAUACACUCCUGCCCAUCUGAAGGCCGCUGAGGUUGUUCCUGGUGGAGAUUCUAGUUCCUACCAGCCCGCUGAGUACACUCCUGCCCAUCUGAAGGCUUCCGAAGUUGUUCCUGGCGGCGAUUCUUCAUCCUACCAGCCUGCUGAAUACACUCCUGCUCAUCUGAAGGCCGCUGAGGUUGUUCCUGGUGGAGAUUCUAGCUCCUACCAGCCGGCUGAAUACACUCCCGCUCAUCUCAAGUCCUCCUCUGUGGCUUAUGGAUCAUCUGAUGCUUCCGAAGUGGUUCCUGGAAGCGACUCGAGCUCGUACCAGCCCGCUGAAUACACACCAGCUCAUCUAAAGGCUUCUGUGGUCUCUGGAGCUUCCGAAGCUGCUGAAGUUGUUCCUGGUGGAGAUUCCAGCUCUUACCAGCCAGCAGAGUACACUCCUGCGCAUCUGAAGACUUCCGUUCCAGCUGCCAUCGGUGCUGAUACCGCUGCUCCGGUUCCUGCUGCCAUUGGAGCCGACACUUACACCCCGGAGAAGUUCAUUCCCCAAGCCGAUCAAGAGGCUCACUACAAGUACAUCCAGGAGCAGCAGCAGGUCGUCGUUCCCGGAGGAGACUCCAGCUCUUACCAGCCAGCUGAGUACACUCCCGCCCACUUGAAGACUUCCGUUCCAGCUGCCAUCGGUGCUGAUACCACUGCUCCGGUUCCUGCCGCCAUCGGAGCUGACUCAUACACUCCCGAGCAGUUCAUCCCGGAAGCGGAUCGUCAGGCUCACUACAAGUACGUCCAAGAGCAGCAGCAGCAGACUGUCGUUCCUGGAGGAGACUCCAGCUCCUACCAGCCCGCUGAAUACACUCCUGCUCAUCUCAAGUCCUCCUCUGUGGCUUAUGGAGCCGCUCAAGCUGCUGAGGUUGUUCCUGGUGGCGAUUCCAGCUCCUACCAGCCCGCUGAAUACACUCCCGCUCAUCUGAAGACUUCAGUUCCAGCUGCCAUCGGUGCUGAUACCACUGCUCCAGUUCCUGCCGCCAUCGGAGCCGACGCUUACACCCCGGAGAAGUUCAUUCCCCAGGCCGAUCAAGAGGCUCACUACAAGUACAUCCAGGAGCAGCAACAGGUCGUCGUUCCUGGAGGAGAUUCUAGUUCCUAUCAGCCCGCUCAGUACACUCCUGCCCAUCUCAAGUCCUCUUCUGUGGCUUAUGAAGCCUCUCAAGCUGCUGAGGUCAUUCCUGGAGGAGAUUCCAGCUCCUACCAGCCCGCUCAAUACACUCCCGCCCACCUGAAGUCCUCCACCGUGGUGAAGAGCUCCUCCUUCGUCCAGGCAGCCCCCCAGCCCAGUCUGAUCCCCGCCUACGUCAAGGGCCAGGUGGUAUCCGCCAUCAGCAAGCAGCUCCAGGCUCCGGCGGCCAUUGGAGCCAACACCAUCACUCCUGCUCAUCUGUACGAGGAGCCCGUCUCCAACGGCAUUGAGGAGUUCAACCCGGAGACCCAUGUGCCCGUGGCGAUUGGACGCGACACCAUCACCCCGGCCCAUCUUGUGAAGACCAGCCAGGGCACUCAGUACGCCGCCAAUGGUGGUUACGUCUACUAAUAUAAGUCUGUCCCAGCCGAAGAGUCUAAUAAAUAUUAA